AUGCCUUUCCCUGGCGGCCAGUUCAUCAUCCGCAACCGCGCAAACCAUCGCGUGCUCGACGACAAGGACAUGUCCACCAGGCCCGGCACUUCUGUCAUUGACUAUGACUACAAAGAGCACGGGGAUAACUCUAACCAGCACUGGGUUUUCGAAAACGGCCGCCUACGCAACGAGCACUCAAGACUCUACCUCACCUUCAAAGACCUCAGGCCCGAGUCUCUCGCCACGCAGGAGCCGCCUAGCAACAACUGGGAGGGCCAGAAAUUCGAGUACAAGGACGGCACUCUCAGCGUUGUCGACCAUAACGACCGAGUCGUCGGUGCGUGGGACCAAGACGUCAAGAUUGUACGACCCGAUCCUUACGAUAAUGCCCGCCGCUGGGACUUUCGUUGA